CUGGAGAUUGUCCACGUUUACAGCACUCAGCCUUCGCAGCGCACCCAGCGAACAGCGCGCCCCUCCCGCGGAACUCCCCCCCCCCAAAAGCGCACAGCUCCGUUUGGAUCAGUUAAAUUCGCUCUUCAGCCCGUUUUUUUUUUCUCUUUAAAAAUGUUUGCCCUCUGCACAACUUUCUUCUUCCUCGCUGCGUGGUUUUCCGUGGAAUGCAACCCCAGCCCCGUGGUGGCAGAUGUAGUCGUGGACAGAUACUUCAUCCCCAAAAACUGCGGCCGCGAGGCGAAGAGCGGAGACUACGUCCGCUACCAUUACAACGCCACGUUCACCGACGGGAAAAAAUUUGAUUCGAGCCUGGAGAAAGGAGCGGCCAAAGUGGGGCUGAUCGGGGAGGGCCGGCUGAUCCCGGGCAUCGACAAAGGCCUGCAGGGGAUGUGCGUCAACGAGCGCCGCUCCAUCACCAUCCCCCCCCACCUGGCCUACGGGAGCACCGGGGCAGGUGAGGUGGUUCCUCCAGACACCACGCUGGUGUUUGACAUCAUUCUGCUGGACCUGUGGAAUAAGGCCGACCUGGUGGUCACUAAAAGCAUCAGCACCCCCAAAGACUGCAGGCGCUCCGUGAUGCGCACGGACUUCGUGCGUUACCACUUCAACGGCACGCUGCUGGACGGCACCGUCUUUGACUCCAGCUACAACAGGAAGCAGACCCAGAACUCCUUGGUAGGAGAGGGUUGGAUGAUCAAAGGGAUGGACGAGGGCCUGCUGGGCAUGUGUGUGGGAGAGAUCAGAAACAUCGUCAUCCCACCGUUCAAGGCUUACGGGGAGAAAGGAUCAGGCACAGAGAUCCCCCCCCAGGCCACUCUGGUGUUCAAUGUCCUGUUGGUAGACGUUUACAACCCAAAGGACAACAUCACCAUUGAGAACCAGGUGGUGCCCAAGUCGUGCAACCGCACGACUGUGGUGGGGGAUUACGUUCGGUACCACUACAACGGAACCUUCCAGAACGGAGUCACCUUCGACACCAGCUACCAGAGGAACAGCACCUACAACACCUACAUCGGGAUGGGGUACGUCAUCGCGGGCAUGGACCAGGCUCUGCUGGGGGUCUGCAUGGGGGAGAGGAGGAGGGUCAUCAUCCCUCCACACUUGUCUUACGGCGAGCAGGGAGCCGGUGACGUGAUCCCCCCGUCUGCCGUCCUCGUCUUUGACAUCCACGUCAUCGACUUCCACAACCCCAGCGACAAGGUGGACAUCCAGAUCAUCUACAAACCCGAGCUGUGCAACGACACCACGGCAGAGAACGACCUGGUCCGCUACCACUACAACUGCUCUCUGGUGGACGGCACGCUGCUCUUCUCCUCACAUGACUACGAAAACCUACAAGAUGCAGUUCUGGGGUGGGACAAAGUGAUCGACGGUCUGGACGAGGGCUUGCGUGGGAUGUGUGUGGGAGAGAAGAGGCUGAUCACAGUGCCGCCGCACUUCGGACACGGAGAGAAAGGAGCCACCGGAGUGCCCAGCAGUGCCGUGCUGGUUUUUGACAUCGAGCUGGACAGCUUUGAGAAAGGCGUGCCUCAGGGUUACCUGUUCGUGUGGCUGGAGGACACUCCUGCAGACCUGUUUGAGGCCCUGGACAUGAACAAGAAUGGAGAGGUGCCACAGGAGGAGUUUGCUGAGUUCAUCAAGCAGCAGGUGGAAGCGGGCAAAGGCCGCAUAAAGCCCGGACUGACCAUGGAGCAGGUGGUCGCCGACAUGUUCCAGAACCAGGACCGCAAUAAGGACGGUGUGAUCACAGCCAGUGAGCUCAAACUUAAAGUGGAGGAGGACAAGGAACGGGAAGAGGCAAGGCACGAGGAGUUGUGA